AGGAAUUACUUCAUACAGUCUGAGUCCCUGUUUGGCGAAUGAAUCCUGACCAGAACUGCCCCAUCUUUCCCUCACCACUUAAACUAGGAGUCAAGAUAUCUCCGCUGGGACCUGAAGGAAUCUUUAAGCAAGAGCCUCAGGAAGAAACCAGGGGAGCAGCUGCCAUGGCUUUAAAAGUCCUGUCGAACAUAAAGGAGAAGGUGACUUGUACCAUCUGCCUGGAGCUUUUGACAGAACCCCUGAGUUUAAACUGUGGCCACAGCUUCUGCCAUACCUGCAUCGCUGACAAGAAAUCAGCGAUCGGCCCAGGACAGAAAAGCAGCUGUCCUGUGUGUGGUGUAGGAUACUCUCUUGGAAACCUGUGGCUUAAUCAGCAUCUGUCCAGCAUCGUGGAGAGGCUCCGAGAAGCCAAGUUAAGCCCAGAGGAGGGGCAGAAGGGAGAUCUCUGUGUGCGCCAUGGAGAGAAACUCCGACUCUUUUGUAAGGAGGAUCGGAAAGUCAUUUGUCGACUUUGUGAACAGUCUCAGGAGCACCGUGGUCAUCAGAUAUUCCUCAUGGAGGAGGCCGUCAAGGAAUGUCAGGAGACGCUCCAGACAGCUCUGGGCCGGCUGCGGAAGGAAUAUCAGGAAGCUGAGAAGUUGGGCACUGACCUCAGAGAAGAGAGAACUUCCUGGAAGAAUCAGAUACAGACUGAGAGACAACGGAUACAAAAAGAAUUUAAUCAGCUUAGAAGCAUCCUAGACAGGGAGGAGCAGAGAGAACUGCAGAACUUGAAGGAAGAGGAGACGGAGACCCUGGAUGAUUUAUUGAAGGCUGAGAAAGAACUGGUUCUGCAGAGCCAGUUGCUGAAAGACCUCAUCUCAGAUCUGGAGCUUCGCAAUGAAUGGUCAUCCAUGGAGCUGCUGCAGGACUCAAGUGGAAUCAUGAAAUGGAGUAAUCUGUGGACAUUGAAGAAGCCAAAAACUAUAUCCAAAAAACUGAAGCAUGGAUUCCGUGCUCCAGAUCUGAGUGGAAUGCUGCACAUGUUUAAAGAGCUAACACAUGUCCAGCGCUACUGGGUGGACAUCACAUUGAAUCCAUUCAACCUAAAUUUGAAUCUUGUCCUUUCAGAGGAUCAGAGACAGUUGUCAUCUGUGCCAAUUUGGCCUAUAAAGUAUUAUAACUAUGGUGUCUUGGGCUCCCAAUAUUUCUCCUCAGGGAAACACUACUGGGAAAUAGAUGUGUCCAAGAAGACGGCCUGGAUCCUGGGGGUAUACUGUAGAAAACGUUCCUCUAAUAUAAAGUUUGGUGUUAGACGAGGCACAGAUUAUUCAAAUGUUUACUCCAGAUUCCGACCUGCAAAUGGCUACUGGGUGGUCGGGUUACAGAACGGAUGUGAGUACAGUGCCUUUGAGGACUCUUCCACCUCUGAUCCCAAGGUCUUGACUCUUCCCAUGGCUGUUCUUCCCUGUCGAGUGGGGGUUUUCCUCGACCAUGAAGGAGGCACUGUCUCAUUUUUUAAUGUCACAAACCAUGGGUCGCUCAUCUACAAGUUCUCUAAAUGUCACUUCUCUCAGACGGCUUAUCCGUAUUUCAAUCCCUGGAACUGUCCAGCUCCCAUGACUCUGUGCCCACCAAGCUCCUGAGCCUUCUCCUUCCCUCACCCACUUCUGUGUAGCUGGGCUCAUCUCCUGCACCUGAGCCGAUCUCUAUACAUAGACCAUCUCUUCCUUGCUGUCUCCCUUCUUUAGAACUUUGACUCGUUCUUGGGGUUGACAACUGUUUCUGUUUUGAGUUAGAAGAGAAUCUUAUUUACCCUUUUCUGUGUUCUCGGUGACAGACAUCUAAUCCCUCCUAAAGACAGAGAAAUGUUGGUAUAACAUCUCUGUCCUCACAUUUCUCCAUAUUUUCCUUUAUCGCUGAUUUCAAGAGCAUGACAAAGACUGUCUCCGCCAACCAUGAUGUUAAGACAAUCUUUAAUUGCCCCACCCACCACCACCAACUGAGGAGUAUUUGAGUGUAUGUCUGUCUGUUGCUCAGCAUAUAGCAGUGUCAUCUAAGAGUUGAGGGGGACAAAACAAAAGUAAUAUAUGUACCCAGAGUGAAAAGUUUAUGUUCAGAGUGAGUUUAAAUCGUGUCUUUUUUCUUGCAAGGUAUAUGACAAUGAAUACAUUUUUGUUUCUUUUUAUAAAACACAAAUUGCAAUUUUUAAAUGGCACCCAACUCUUGAGAUUGUUGUGUAAAACUAACCAUCACUCAAUGUAAAGCACGUAUUUAAGG